CCUUCAAUUUCCCGUCAAAAUCUCUAUCCAUCUUUUGCCAACCAAAAUCUACAAACAAAAACACACAUUAUCCCUCAACUUUCUUAUUCAUAGCAACCACAGCCCUAAAAUAAAAUCUCCCUAAACAAAAAAAGAAGAAGAGAAUUUAUCAUUAUUCUAUAACCUUCUUUCUUUUAAAAAAAAACAUUUGACUUUUGUGACAGAUUUGAAGAACGAGAUGAGGAAUGAAACGGGUGGUACCAUGGUCGUUGAUCUCCAAGCCGAUCCAUAUACCACAAAUCACCAUCCCCACGAUCUUCGCGACAAUGGUCGCAAACCGAGGUCUAAAUUCGGUGAUGUCUUGAAAACUGACCACGACGGAAUAUCCUCUCCUGAAGAUUCCAUCAUUAGUGACACCAACCUAACUCACCAGCGGUUUAGCAGCGUUUCAUCAUCGAUCAUAAGCAUCGGUCCGAACAGCGGAGAAGGUUCACCUUGCGUAAUGUCGCCUUGGGCCCGUGUGUCGCCAGCAUGGGCUGCAGAUUUUAAUGAUGAAGACAAUGCUUUAGAGACUAAUGGUCUCAUUGGUUCUAUUGUACGUGAAGAAGGGCAUAUAUACUCGUUAGCCGCAACUGGUGACCUUCUCUACACGGGCUCGGACUCUAAGAACGUUAGGGUUUGGAAGAACUUGAAGGACUACGCCGGGUUUAAAUCGAGUAGUGGACUCAUUAAGGCUAUUGUGAUAUGUGGAUAUCGGGUCUUUACCGGGCAUCAGGAUGGUAAGAUCCGGAUAUGGAAAAUCUCUACAAGAACGCCGGGUAAAUACAGACGGGUUGGAACAUUGCCUACGUUUAAAUCGAGGGUCAAGACCUCCGUGAACCCUAAGUAUAUCAUGGAGGGACGCCGCAAUAAAAACUCUAAGAAAACGAAGCAUAAGGACGCCGUGUCGAGUCUUAGCAUGGACGUGGAGCUUGGUUUGUUGUACUCCAGUUCGUGGGAUAGGACGAUCAAAGUGUGGAGAAUCUCGGACUCGAAAUGUUUGGAAUGUAUACAAGCGCAUGAUGACGCGAUAAACUCGGUGAUGUUCGGUUUCGAUGACUUGGUGUUCACGGGAUCUGCGGAUGGUACGGUUAAAGUGUGGAGACGUGAGAUGCAAGUCAAAGGAACGAGGCAUGAGCUGGAUCAAGUUUUGCUCAAGCAAGAAAACGCUGUCACCGCAUUGGCCGUGAAACCAAAGUCUUCGAUUGUUUAUUCCGGUUCGUCAGACGGGUUAGUGAACUAUUGGGAGCGUUCGAAGGGUAUAUUCACCGGUGGUAUACUCAAAGGGCACAAAUCCGCCGUGUUAUGUCUAACUGUAGCGGGGAACUUGUUACUGAGUGGUGCUGCUGACAAGAACAUAUGUGUCUGGAGGCGAGACCCGUCCGAUGGGUCUCAUAACUGUGUGUCUGUUUUGACGGGGCACAUGGGACCGGUCAAGUGUCUAGCCGUGGAGGAGGAACAAGCUUACCGUAAAGGAGCGAAUUCAUCUGCAGAUACUGAGGGAGACAGGAAGUGGAUUAUAUAUAGUGGAAGUUUGGACAAGUCGGUGAAAGUUUGGCGUGUGACGGAUAGGAUGGGGACGUGGAGGGAGGUGGACGAGCCAUCAGCAUCUUCAGGGCGGAAGAGUUCUCUGCCUCCGCACGAAGGGAGUAGCGCGUGGGGUUCAUGUAAUUUGGAAUAAAAAGGAGUGGAUCGGAGUAUAGUGUGAUUAUGUAUAAGAAAAUGUUCCAUCGUGUCACGACCGGGAAAGAGUGCAAUAUCAUGACCUAGUCAACGAAGAAGUCGUUUGAGCUAAGUCAGCUAAUUAGGGAGUCAAAAAUCUGGUUGAUGGUUUCCACGUAAUGAGUUUUACUUAUUCUUUUUUCUUUACUCCAAAGAAAAUGUUUUCAAAACGAAAGUAUACUAUUACCUUUUCCCUAAAUUUGUUAAAUAUAAAACAAGACUGAAUCAAACAUGUGUGUUCUAUAUCGUGGUUGCAACUUUAUACUUUUGAAAUUUUGUGAG